CAUGAUGUGAGGGGCAUGGCGGCUGCCAUUUUGGGAGGGGAAGCGCUGAGGAGGGGCGGGGAGGGCGCAGGGCGCUGUGGAGACGUUUCCGCUGCCGGGGCGGGCGGAGGUGACCGUGGGGAGUCCUUCGGUGCCGCCAUGGGGCUGCACGGCGCCGCCGGGCGCGGCGGGGAGCCUGAGGAGGAGGAGGAGGAAGAGCUGGUGGUAAGUCGGGGCUGCGGGCCGUGGGGGGCUCGGUGCGGGGCUCCCCGUGCUCACCGCAGCCCUGUGCCCCCCCCCUCCCCCCCACAGGACCCCCUGACCACCGUGCGGGAGCACUGCGAGCAGACGGAGCAGUGCGCCAAGGCGCGGGAGCGGCUGGAGCUGUGCGACGCCAGGGUGUCCUCCAGGUCCCAGACAGAGGAGCAGUGCACCGAGGAGCUCUUCGACUUCCUUCACGCCAGGGACCACUGCGUUGCUCACAAGCUCUUUACCAAGCUGAAGUGAACACGGGAGUGAUUGUCCAUCUGCUUCCAUAAUCUAACAGAGAACUCUUGUCGGUUCUUGGAUUCACAGUUCUGCUUCCUGCCUGUUUAUUGUCAAUGUGAACUAAAAACGGAGUGGCUUUCUGGCAGUGAGUGAGUGCCAGCAUGUCACUGCAUCUGUUCUCAUGGAAGAUGUGCAGCUACACAAAACCCAUGCUGAUGUUCUGUAAUUUUCCAUAUUAAACAUUCAAAGUUCCUGUGGAAA